AAAAAUAAUAAUAAAGAAAAAAAAUAAGGCAAUUCCUAAAAUUAGGGGAAUGGGAAAAGGAUGGAGUGAGGAUUUUUUUUUUUUUUGAAGGAGAGUCCUCGUUAGCAUCUGGAACGAUGAUCUGAAAAAUACGGCACCAGAUCCAAUUCCCUCCUCCUGCGCGCUAAAAAGUAGGGGUCCUGUUCUUCGUCCCCCCCCCCCCCCCCCCCCCCCCCCCCCAUUACCCUCUUCUUUCCCAACCCUUUCCUCUUUUCCCCAUUUUCUCUCCUAACUAAAAUACCCACCACAAUCCCAUAUCUUUGUUUCCCCCACAAUUUUCCAUGGAGCACCCCAAGCAGGACCCCGAUAACAAACCUCCCAUCUCCACCCACGAUAACACCCCUAAAUCUGAUCCCAAUGACGGUGUUCGCACCCCCAAUGGAGAUGGGAAUUGGGGUAAUUUCGUGAUGGGUUCAGAGAACCAGGUUCCCACCCAGAACGAGCAACCUGUGAUUUCGACGCCCUCCAAGAAAACCGUGCGUUGGAGUACCGAAUUGGUUACCGAGUCCCCUUCCGUUGCUUCUUAUUCAUAUGGAUCGAAUACGAAUACCUAUGCUUCUUCCGCUCCUUCCUCUUCGGUUUCCUUCAAAGAGACGGUGGAUUCUGUAUGGAGCGCGCUAGGGAGAUGGGGGAAGAAAGUCGGAGAAGCUACAAAAAAGGCUGAGGAUCUGGCCGGAAACACUUGGCAGCAUUUGAAAACAAGUCCAAGUUUUGCGGAUGCUGCGCUGGGGAGAAUUGCUCAAGGGACAAAGGUAUUGGCGGAAGGUGGCUAUGAAAAGAUUUUUCAACAAACUUUUGACACAGUACCUGAGGAAAAACUUCAAAAUUCGUUUGCUUGUUAUCUGUCAACGUCUGCUGGUCCAGUUAUGGGUGUAUUAUAUGUAUCUACGGCAAAGCUUGCGUACUGUAGUGACAAUCCUCUUUCAUACAAGUCCGACGGGAAAACUGAAUGGAGCUAUUACAAGGUAGUGAUCCCAUUACAGCAACUUAAGGCAGUUAAUCCUUCCUCCAGUGGUAUGAAUCCUUCUGAAAAGUACAUACAGGUAAUCUCUGGUGAUAACCAUGAAUUUUGGUUCAUGGGGUUCUUAAACUACAAUGGUGCUGUAGAAUGCCUGCUAGAAUUUCCUGAGUUACAAGCAGUGCAAUCGGUGUAAAACGUCAUCGUGGUUGAAUCUUCCACCAGUUCACAAGUGCCACACCAAAGACUAAGAGUUGGUGAAUUCAAUCAAACUUCCAUUUGAAUUUGCUGCUAUUGUAUACCAACUUUGGAGAUAUUACUAAUGGAAGGUGUCUUCCCUUUAUUGGAAUUUCCCAGUAAAUUUUUGGAAUCAGUUAGGAAAACUUAUGAUUAUAGCUUCUUCAAUAUCCAUAUAGAUUGUUGAUUGUGUACAUGGUGUCUUAACGAUCAAGCAUUCAGAUUAAAAUAAAUGCUUUUCUCGUACAGAUAAUUACAUUGUAACAUGCCAGCAGUAAAACUGUCUGCUGUCAUUAUUGGGCCAAAUUUAUAGUUAAAUUAAUUUAUUUUUAAAGGAAA